GAUCCGGUUCCAGUUGAGCAUCCAAUUGUCAAUUUAAAGACAAGCUUAAAGACUGCCGAAACCGGUUUUGCAGUUUCUGUGAUAAGGGAAAUGAGAAGCUAGCCAUCACAUGGCAAAAGAGCCCAAAAUUCUUGAUUAUCAUGACAUCCUUCUAUACAGAAGCGAUGUCGAUCUCCUAAAGGGUGAAUUCUGGUUGAAUGAUCAGAUCGUCUCCUUCUUCUUUGAGUAUCUCCAGAAGGAAAAAUAUGAACAUCAUCACGAGCUAUUCUUCUUUGGAGGAUCCUUAACCUAUCUCCUGCUGCAUGGAAGUAUGAUUCAAGCCUGCGGGUCCAGAAUCAAUAGACAGCAGUGGAGACCAAAGCUAUUUGCAAUGAAAUCACGGUGUCCAUCAUGUGCUGUGCCCAUGUGCAGAUGCCAUGGACAUGGAAGCUGUGCUGGCACCCAUGAAGGUACAUCCUGCAAUACCUGCUCCUUGGGCAGAGACGAGCCAUUUUACAGGGUUUUGACAAUGUCUCUGUUGCUUGCCAGCUGGAUGAGAGGGAGCUGAUACUCUUUGCUUGCAAUGACAACCCCGACCCCUCACAAUCCAGCGGAGGCAGCCACUGGUGUGUAACCUUGGCAAAGCAUGCAACUCUGUCAUGGUUAUGCAGUACCAUUAAGAAGCCACCCUAAGGUAAAGGUGUUACCGGUAUGGGAUAUUCUCAUUAUGUGCAUUCUGCAACUCAAAGGAGCCUGCUAGUCUUCACAAAGCAUGACUCCACAU